AUGAUCAAGAUCUGGAGCAUGAAGAAGGAGGAGGAAUCGGCAAAGAAGAAGAAGCCAAAAACGUCGCCAGCACAGCUACGCGUGCAGAAAGAUCUGACCGAACUCGAAUUGCCAAAGACGAUGAAGACCGACUUCCCUGACCCAGCAGAUGUGCUCAACUUUUCUCUCACAAUCGAGCCAGAUGAGGGCAUGUACAAGAGCGGAUCGUUCAAAUUCACUUUCGCCAUCAACAGCAAUUAUCCACACGAUCCUCCUAAGGUCAAGUGCACACAAAAGAUCUAUCACCCUAACGUCGACCUGGAUGGCAACGUGUGUCUCAAUAUCCUUCGUGAGGACUGGAAACCUGUCCUUAAUCUCAACUCGGUCAUGGUUGGUCUGCAGUACUUGUUCCUCGAGCCGAAUGCCGAUGAUCCACUCAACAAAGAGGCCGCAGAAGACCUUCGCAAGGAUCGAUCUGUUUUCGCGAGCAAUGUACGAAGAAGUCUUGCCGGCGGAGCUAUCAAGGGAACAACAUAUGACAAGGCUACUGUCAAGUGA